CUCAGGUUCCUCAGUGGUUCCCAGUGGAGUCAUGGCUGCGCACGCUCUGAUACUAAAGUUAACUGGUUAGCCAACACUUAAACUGGUCAAAGUUACCGUGACAUCCAUACAGGAGAAGCUCGUUAUUUUAUGGACGUUAGUUCGUCAUUAGUUUGAUAACCGGUGCUAGCGCUGUUAGCUCCCUCUGUCCGUCUCCCUCGUUACAGUGAGGUUAGCUUGACCAGCUGGUUAAAAGUGACUGGAUAAGACCCCGACGUGGAUAUAACGGUUUAUCUGCGACAGAUGCCUCGUCCGGACAAGUCCGAGGGAAGAGGAGCGAGCAGACCAGCGUUGGACUGGAAGUUUGUCCGGCGAUUGUGCGACAUCCAGAGGGUCCUGUUCCCGUCAUGGACCGGUCCCAGUUCCCUGAUGUUCGCCACGCUGCUGUUCGUCACUCUGACAGAGCAGCUGAUCAUUUACCAAGUGGGAAUCCUCCCCAGUCACUUCUACAAUGUGCUGGCAGACAAAGAUUACGCAGGCUUCGCCAGUCUGGUGGGCAGAGCCAUGGUGCUCAUUUUACUCAACUCCACACUGAAAAGUGUGGACCAGUACAUUUGCAAUCAGAUGUACAUUAGCUGGAGGAAGACGCUGACUGAGAGCCUCCAUACGUCCUACUUCCAGGGACGAGUCUACUACACACUCAACGUACUCCGAAAGGAAAUUGACAACCCAGACCAGCGGAUCAGUCAGGAUGUGGAGAGGUUGUGUAAACAGAUGAGCACCAUGGCCAGUCGCUUGAUCAUCUCGCCGUUCACGCUGACUUACUACACCUACCACUGCUUCUACAGCACCGGCUGGAUCGGCCCUGUGAGUAUCUUCAGCUACUUUGUGAUCGGGACCAUUGCCAAUAAAAUCCUAAUGGGGCCGAUUGUGUCGACUCUGUGUGAGCAAGAAAAACUGGAGGGGGACUUCAGGUUCAAACACAUGCAAAUCCGUAUCAACGCAGAGUCUGCAGCUUUUUACAGAUCUGGUAAAGUGGAGCACAUGAGGACCAAUUGGAGGCUUCAGGCUCUGCUACUUACUCAGAAAAGUCUCAUAAAUAAAGAACUCUGGCUCUAUAUCGGGGUGAACACGUUCGACUACCUCGGAGGUUUCCUCAGCUACAUCGUAAUCGCCAUUCCCAUCUUCACCGGUAUUUACGAUGGUCUGACCCCUGGCGAGCUCAGUGGACUCAUCAGCAAGAAUGCCUUUGUUUGCAUCUACUUGAUAAACGGCUUCACGCAGCUGAUCGACCUGUCGACCACUCUGUCAGACGUGGCCGGAUACACCCACAGGAUCGGGGAGCUGAGGGAGGUGAUGGAUGACAUCCUACGCAAGCAGUGUGACUAUGACCCGGCGUCAGGAGAAAGCUACGACUUUGACAGUGACUUCAAUGUCCACGCAGGCCCAGCGGACACCGCCUUCAUCCUGGAUCAUCUAUCGUAUAAAUCCCCGUUCUCAGACCAGCUGCUGGUCGAGGACCUGAGUCUGAAGAUCAGUCAGGGAACCCACCUGCUGGUGGUGGGCAACACAGGCACUGGCAAAACGUCUCUACUGAGGGUCCUGAACCGACUGUGGGAGGCCGACAGCGGCUUUGUCCAGAUGACGACCUGCUUCGGGCCCAGGGGAACCCUCUUCCUGCCUCAGAAACCGUACCUGACCGACGGCACGCUGCGCGAACAGGUUAUCUACCCACUGAAGGAUAUUUACCCUGCAUCAGGGUCGGUGGACGAUGAAAGAAUCAUACAGUUCCUGGAACUAGCCGGAGUGUCGAGCCUCUUGAAGCGGACAGGUGGGCUGGAUGAAGAAGUGGACUGGAACUGGUACGAUGUUCUGUCUCCAGGCGAAAUGCAGCGUCUCUGCUUCGCACGACUUUUCUACCUUCAGCCCAAAUAUGCAAUUUUGGAUGAGGCCACCAGUGCUUUGACAGAGGAAGCGGAGGCACAACUGUACAGGACGUGUAAAAAGCUCGGUAUGACUCUGGUCAGCCUGGGACACCGCAGCAGCCUGGAGAAGUUCCAUGACGUCCAGUUGAAACUGUGCGGAGAUGGCCAGUGGGAGUUAACUAAGUUAAAAGGAAGCAGCGGCGGGGGCGUCAUCUACAGAGACGAAACCAUGUGACCACAAGGUCCUCUUUUUUUAAACUCCUGGACAUGCAGGAAGCAUCGGUGUGGGAGGCGAGAACCGAGAACACUCCUGAAUUCCUCAGUUUGUAACAUUCGUCAAAAAGGUACUAAAGACACAGUCACAGUCAUUGCAAUAUGUGUUUUUUCAGGAGGGAUGAAGGUUUGGAUGAAGCUUGUGGCUCAGGAACUGUCACUUUUUGGGCCACAUUCAACUAAUAUGAAAAGAAAUCAGGAAGGAAAAUAAGAAACUGAAGACCCAGCAGAAUUUAUGUAUGGUGAUAUUCCAGUGGUUUAUUUGUACAUGUUCA